CCGCGGCGGCCGCCGGGCGGGGCCUCACCGCCGCGGCCCCGCGGCGCGAGCGGCCGCUGGGCGCGCCGCCGGCUGCCAGGAGGGGCCGGGGCGCCACGCAGCUGGCGGCGGUGACCCCGUGCAAGAGCGAGGCGUUCCUCGACGAGGCGAUAGAGCGCACGAAGUCCGGGCAGCCCGGCGUGCUGGUGAUCAGCUUCUCGACCACCUGGUGCGGGCCCUGCAAGGUCAUGGACCCAAAGGUCGACGAGCUCAGCGAGACCUUCGCUGGCAAAGCGGCGUUUAUCAAGGUCAUGGGCGACAAGGACGACAACGAUGGCGUCCGCAUCAUGCGUCGCGAGGGGGUUCGCACGGUGCCGCUCUAUCAGAUCUACAAGAACGGUGCAAAGGUGGACUCCAUCUCAGGCGCGGACCCCGACGCGCUGAUCAAGCACAUCGAGAAGCACGUGGGCAGCUGAGGGGGCGGAUGGCCGCCUGCCCCCCCCGCAGUCCUCCUCCUGGCUGGCGAGGGGACGCCCGCAGUGCAGCUAUUCUGCCUCGUGCGGCGGUCUGCAGUGGCACGAGCCUCGGGCAGGCGUAGUACUUUUAGUGUUCGGCCCUGCCGCGCCCCGGCGUGGCUUUGGGUCCCACAGCUCUGGCGCUAGCCGCCUGCAUGAAGCCGGCGCACGUCAAGAGACGCGGAGGCCGAUGAUGGGCAGAGGGAGCGCCCACGCGGAGCGCCCGUCUCGAGCGCCCGCCGCCUACAGCGUCGGAGCGUCCUGGACCUUCGCGCGGCCCGUGGGGGCUGUCGAGGGCUCUCGCUCCAGAGGGCGAAGUUUUUCAACGCGAGCGGACCGCUUCUUGUGGUCGCCGCGCUCCGUGCCAGAAAGUGCUGGCUCGAAGAAAACAAAUUGCACACGCAUGCGCGCUGG